GUUGCGUGUGUGCAUAGCGCCACAUUUGGCCACAUUGCGCUUUGCUACUUUGGCGGUCAUCUUGUAGUGUGUUAUGAUAUUGUGAUAAGUGACUGAUUUAAAUCGAAUUAAAAAAGACAGAUGGGAUCCGUGCUAAAGCAAGUUCGGAUAGAAAUGCCUAGUACGUCCGAAAAUGAUAAUGCGACGGAAAGCGGUGAAAAAACAUUAGAUCCAAAUAUCUAUCUAACCUACGACAUUCUGAGAAUUGUCUUUCAAUAUUUACGUGCAAGGGACUUGGCGAAUGCCGCGAUGGUUUGCAGGACCUGGUUAGAAGCUGCAAAUAAAGAGAAAUGGACAAGAGGUCCUUAUUGUUUUAUGUUAGAUUGCAAAACAAAACAUGAUUUUGGACAUCAUCUCCUUAAUGUAAGAGUUAGACCAUCGAUAGCCUUGUUUUUUUUGGCUGGUUCUUUCCCAUAUCAUGUAGAAGAACAUUGUAUGACUUUGCUACCUAAAAAUUGUGAGGUUGUAAUGUUAUAUACAACAGGUAUGGUUAUGGAUAAUAAAGAACUGGAAAGUGGUAAAUGUUCUAGGACUGAUGCGAUAUGUGCAUUUUUACCACAAAUCCCAAAUGUGAGUGUAAAAUUGUUUAAACUGACAGAAUAUUAUGCCAUACAGAAAACAACAGAAUAUAAAGAGAUAAUUAGCAUAAUUGAUAAUCAUGGAACAUCUGUGUCAAAUAAUGAGAUGUCUACUUGCUUUAUGUUAUUUUGUAAUGGCAUGGGUCAUUCUGUAGCAAAACGUUGGGCUUCAAUCAUACAAAAAAGAAAAAAUAAAGUAACUUCUGUAUGGGGUGGUGUAUUAGAUUUUAUUCACUUCAUUCAUUCAUGCCCUGAAAAUCUGAACAAAAGGCCAGACAUGGAACGUCCAACGCAGGCCCCAGUUUGUAUCGGUGUUCUAAUUGCUGGCCCUGUGCAGACGUGGUCCAUGAUUUUGGAAAGAAAAUGCAAUACAAAAGAACGGGUCGAAGAAAGAUUAAAGUUAUUUAAAAACAAAGUGAAAUUAAAGAAACAUUCCAUAGGAUUUAUGUUUGUAUGCAGAGCUCGCGGAAGUGAAAUGUAUAAUGAAACUAACGUGGAAUCAACAAUAUUCAAAAGAUUAUUUCCCAAAGUACCCUUAGCAGGUUGCUUUGGUAAUGGUGAAUUUGGAAAAAAUUCCAUUGAUGAGGCAAACAAAGAAAAAAACAGUGAACAGGAACAUAAAUCUAAGAGAUCUUGGUAUAAUGAAUUCUCUACUGUAUUUUUGAUACUUACAUAUGGUUGACGUUUUUAAAGAAGCUACGCGUGAGUGCUAUGUGCUACGAACAUUAUUAUUAUUGUUUAAUCUUCUUGUGCAUUGAUAGUUUUAACUAUUAUACUUGUCGUUUCUUUUUUGUUAACGAGAUUUGAAAUAAUUGUGUCCUGACGUUUACAGGACAAAAAUAUACAUUAUGAUAAAUUUCAUAAUAAUUAAUCUGAGUACUAUAUUUUUAGAUGUAAUCUGUGAAAGCGCGUUUUGUAUCUUAAAAUAAUGUUAUCGAAAAUUGAGGAAAAUUAAGAAGUAAUAACUUAUGAUAAUAUAUUAUACGUUUAUACUACA